GGCAGUCGGAAGUUGCCUGAGCAGAGCCCAGCCGGCCGGCCCGACUGGCCUUCGUCGUCCCCGAGCGCCUUGGGCGAGUCACUGACUGGUGAACAGACUGACCUCCUGAGGUCGGCUGGCAGGGCCAGUAAAAGCGCAGGCCCUAUGGCGCGGGUCGCGUGAGGGGAAGGCCAAGUGCGGCCGGCGGCAGCGGCGCCCGCCCCAGCGAUGCGGGCCCCGCCCGUCGCCUCAGGUGUCAGUUGGAUAGUCCUUUAGUGGCACGAUGUACUCUGAGUGGAGGUCACUGCAUCUGGUGAUUCAGAAUGAUCAGGGCCAUACCAGUGUGCUUCACAGCUAUCCAGAGAGUGUUGGUCGAGAGGUGGCGAAUGCAGUUGUCCGUCCUCUCGGUCAAGCAUUAGGUACCCCUUCGGUGGCUGCUAGUGAAAGUUUGUUAAAAACUGACAAAGAAGUAAAAUGGACCAUGGAAGUAAUUUGCUAUGGACUGACGCUUCCACUGGAUGGAGAGACUGUAAAAUAUUGUGUUGAUGUGUAUACAGACUGGAUUAUGGCUUUAGUGUUGCCAAAAGAUUCUAUUCCAUUACCAGUUAUUAAAGAGCCUAAUCUAUAUGUUCAAAGCAUACUAAAACACCUCCAAAAUCUUUUUGUACCUAGACAGGAACAGGGCUCCAGUCAGAUCCGACUAUGCUUACAGGUCCUUAGAGCCAUUCAGAAACUGGCUCGUGAGUCAUCCAUCAUGGCCCGAGAAACCUGGGAAGUCUUAUUGUUGUUUCUUCUGCAGAUUAAUGACAUACUUCUGGCCCCACCAACUGUUCAAGGUGGCAUUGCUGAGAAUCUAGCAGAGAAGUUGAUUGGUGUUCUCUUUGAGGUUUGGUUACUGGCUUGUACCCGGUGCUUCCCAACACCUCCUUACUGGAAGACUGCCAAGGAGAUGGUGGCUAACUGGAGGCACCACCCAGCAGUGGUGGAGCAGUGGAGCAAGGUCAUCUGUGCGCUCACUUCCAGAUUGCUACGUUUUACAUAUGGUCCCUCAUUUCCUCCAUUUAAAGUUCCCGAUGAAGAUGCCAGUCUGAUCCCUCCAGAAAUGGAUAAUGAGUGUGUUGCACAGACAUGGUUUCGCUUUUUACAUAUGUUAAGUAAUCCCGUGGAUUUGAGUAACCCAGCCAUUAUAAGCUCUACUCCCAAAUUUCAGGAACAGUUCUUGAAUGUGAGCGGAAUGCCACAAGAAUUGAAUCAGUAUCCCUGCCUUAAACACCUGCCUCAAAUAUUUUUUCGUGCCAUGAGAGGAAUCAGCUGCCUGGUGGAUGCAUUCUUAGGCAUUUCUAGACCCAGACCAGACAGUGCUCCCCCUACACCUGUAAAUAGAUUGAGUAUGCCUCAGAGUACUGCUGUGAACACCACCCCACCACAUAACCGGAGGCACCGGGCUGUUACUGUGAAUAAGGCCACCAUGAAGACAAGCACAGUUAGUACUGCUCAUGCCUCGAAAGUUCAGCACCAGACAUCCUCUACUUCUCCUCUGUCAAGCCCAAAUCAGACUAGUUCAGAACCCCGGCCACUGCCUGCACCUCGGAGACCAAAGGUUAACAGCAUCUUGAAUCUCUUUGGAUCAUGGUUAUUUGAUGCAGCAUUUGUUCACUGUAAACUUCAUAAUGGGAUAAACAGAGACAGCAGCAUGACUGCCAUUACAACACAAGCUAGCAUGGAGUUUCGACGGAAAGGGUCACAAAUGUCCACAGACACCAUGGUUUCCAAUCCUAUGUUUGAUGCAAGUGAAUUUCCUGAUAACUAUGAAGCAGGAAGAGCUGAGGCUUGUGGGACACUAUGUAGGAUUUUUUGUAGCAAGAAGACUGGAGAAGAGAUUCUGCCAGCUUAUUUAUCCAGAUUUUACAUGCUUUUAAUUCAAGGUUUGCAGAUAAAUGAUUAUGUGUGCCAUCCUGUCUUGGCCAGCGUUAUUCUAAACUCCCCUCCUUUGUUCUGCUGUGACUUGAAAGGGAUUGAUGUUGUGGUUCCUUACUUUAUUUCAGCUCUUGAAACCAUUUUGCCUGACAGAGAACUUUCAAAAUUCAAAAGCUAUGUAAAUCCAACAGAGUUGAGAAGAUCCUCCAUUAAUAUCCUACUUUCUUUGUUGCCCCUCCCUCAUCAUUUUGGCACAGUCAAAUCUGAGGUGGUCCUGGAAGGAAAGUUUAGUAACGAUGACAGCUCUUCUUAUGAUAAACCAAUAACUUUUCUGUCCUUGAAGUUGAGACUUGUGAAUAUACUAAUAGGUGCCUUGCAAACAGAAACGGACCCCAACAACACUCAAAUGAUACUAGGGGCAAUGCUAAAUAUUGUUCAAGAUUCAGCACUUUUAGAAGCCAUUGGUUGCCAAAUGGAGAUGGGUGGUGGAGAAAAUAAUCUGAAGAGUCAUAGUCGCACUAAUAGUGGUGUUAGUUCAGCAAGUGGAGGAAGCACGGAGCCUACCACCCCUGAUAGUGAGAGACCUGCUCAGGCUCUCCUAAGGGAUUAUGCUCUUAAUACAGAUUCCGCUGCUGGACUCCUGAUUCGCAGCAUUCAUCUCGUCACCCAAAGACUCAACUCUCAGUGGCGGCAAGACAUGAGCAUAUCACUAGCAGCUCUCGAACUCCUCUCCGGCCUGGCAAAGGUGAAAGUGGUGGUUGACUCAGGAGACCGGAAGCGAGCCAUCAGUUCUGUGUGCAGCUACAUUGUAUACCAGUGUAGUCGACCAGCUCCUCUUCACUCCCGGGACCUGCACUCCAUGAUAGUGGCAGCUUUUCAGUGUCUUUGUGUCUGGUUGACAGAGCACCCUGAUAUGCUUGAUGAAAAAGACUGCCUGAAGGAAGUUCUAGAGAUUGUGGAAUUGGGUAUCUCAGGAAGUAAGUCCAAGAACAGUGAGCAAGAGGUCAAGUACAAAGGAGAUAAAGAGCCAAACCCCGCCUCUAUGAGGGUAAAGGAUGCUGCUGAAGCCACCUUGACAUGUAUUAUGCAGUUGCUUGGCGCUUUUCCUUCACCCAGUGGUCCUGCCUCUCCUUGUAGUCUGGUGAAUGAGACCACUCUGAUUAAAUACUCCAGGCUGCCAACCAUAAACAAGCACAGUUUCCGGUACUUUGUCUUGGAUAACAGUGUCAUCCUGGCAAUGCUGGAGCAACCUCUUGGAAAUGAGCAGAAUGAUUUUUUCCCUUCUGUCACUGUGCUGGUCCGGGGAAUGUCUGGAAGACUUGCUUGGGCACAGCAGCUUUGCCUUUUACCAAGAGGAGCAAAAGCAAAUCAGAAGGUACCCAUCAGAACUUACAGGGAACUUUUUGUGCCUGAGCCUCGCCCAGUUCCUAAAAAUGAUGUUGGUUUUAAGUAUACUGUGAAACAUCGACCAUUUCCUGAAGAGGUGGACAAGAUUCCUUUUGUGAAAGCAGAUCUCAGCAUUCCAGAUUUGCAUGAGAUUGUCACUGAAGAAUUAGAAGAGAAACAUGAAAAAUUAAGGAGUGGCAUGGCCCAGCAGAUUGCUUAUGAAAUACACCUCGAGCAACAGAGUGAGGAGGAAUUGCAGAAGAGAAGUUUUCCUGACCCUGUUACGGAUUGCAAGCCCCCACCUCCUGCACAGGAAUUCCAAACAGCCCGCCUUUUCCUCUCACACUUUGGAUUUUUGUCCUUAGAAGCAUUGAAGGAACCUGCAAAUAGUCGUCUACCUCCUCACCUUAUUGCACUUGAUUCCACAAUACCAGGAUUUUUUGAUGAUAUUGGAUAUCUGGAUCUCUUGCCAUGUCGUCCUUUCGACACAGUUUUUAUUUUCUACAUGAAGCCGGGUCAGAAAACAAACCAAGAGAUUUUAAAGAAUGUGGAAUCUUCCAGAAAUGUUCAACCACAUUUCCUAGAAUUUUUGCUCUCCCUUGGCUGGUCAGUAGAUGUUGGCAGACACCCUGGCUGGACUGGGCAUGUUUCUAGCAGUUGGUCAAUCAACAGUUUCGAUGAUGGUGAAGGAUCUGAACAAGAUGAAGUGAGUUCCUCUGAAGAUGUUGGUGCUAGCAUUUUCAAUGGACAGAAGAAGGUGCUGUAUUAUGCUGAUGCCCUUACAGAAAUAGCUUUUGUGGUUCCUUCUCCUGUGGAGUCCUUAACUGAUUCUUUGGAAAGUAACAUCUCAGAUCAAGACAGUGAUUCAAAUAUGGAUCUUAUGCCAGGAAUUCUGAAACAGCCAUCCCUGACACUUGAGCUUUUCCCCAAUCAUACAGACAAUCUGAAUUCUUCACAGAGGCUCAGUCCCAGUUCCAGAAUGAAGAAGCUGCCUCAGGGCCGCCCUGUGCCUCCCCUCGGACCUGAAACAAGAGUUUCCGUAGUCUGGGUGGAGCGCUAUGAUGAUAUAGAAAACUUUCCCCUUUCAGAUCUGAUGGCAGAAAUCAGUACUGGUGUAGAAACUACUGCAAAUAGUAGCACCUCGCUGAGGUCUACAACUCUUGAAAAAGAAGUUCCUGUCAUCUUCAUCCACCCUCUAAACACUGGAUUAUUUCGAAUAAAAAUUCAAGGAGCCACUGGAAAAUUUAACAUGGUCAUCCCUCUCGUGGACGGGAUGAUAGUCAGCAGGCGCGCACUCGGCUUUCUGGUGAGGCAGACUGUAAUUAACAUUUGCAGAAGAAAGAGACUGGAGAGUGACUCCUACAGUCCACCACACGUUCGCCGGAAACAGAAGAUCACUGACAUUGUCAACAAGUACCGAAAUAAGCAGCUGGAGCCAGAGUUUUAUACUGCGCUUUUCCAGGAGGUUGGACUCAAGAGCUGCGGUUCUUAGAGCACUGUUGGUCUGUCUAGGACUGUUGAGCUUCAGUUUGGGACUGUAAUUUCAAAGCAAACACGUUUGAUAGGUGAUCACUGUAAAAAUAAAACAAAUCACUCCCCAAGAGCUCACUGUUUAAUCACCAGACUAGCUGAAACACAUUACAGACCCAUUUGAUAGAAGACUUUGGGCUUUCUAGUAAAAUGGGCUCCCAGACACAAUCGUAUUCCUUCCAGUAGUGAUGAUAAACAUUUUAGCCAUCAACUUUUUUCUUAAAAGGACAGUUUUACUUAACUAAGCCUUUUGCAGAGGAAGGCUUUAUGCAUCUCAGUUAAACACAUGCAUUGUGCAAAUUAGAAGUCGAAGAUAGUUGUACCUCACUUUUUAGGAGGUUGUAUUCAAAAUUAACAUCUGUCUGGGAAUGUCCCAGGACAUUUAAAGACUCAUGUUGACAGUGUAGAGGAGAAGGAAGAAGUCAGCCUUCUGCUCACUUGUAGGUCUGUUUUUCAUCCAGCUGUCAAAAUUACAAAAAGAAAAGAACAUAGGUCUUUUUUUGCUCAGAUAAAGAAUCAUUUUUCUCCACAUUUUAAAGGGUCGUUCUCAUCACUGCACAGAUCUGUCUCGGUUUCUGAACCACCCAGGAACAGGGCUAAACUGCAGGCAUGUCCUGUAAUAGGCACACAAAUUAAGUUUAUGGAAUUAAAAGUUGUAAGAUAGCAGUGAUGCCUCCCCUGACUGCUGUCAUCCAGCUCGGUGACAUAGUGUCAGGUUCAGCAUUUGGCAUUCCUUGAGUAAACAUCAAGAAAUGUAAAUUCACAACAGGGUUGAAAAUUACUUGGUUUCACUCAUUGUCUCUUGUUACAGCACCAAGCAGCCAGCUACUAUAGUUUAUGAAGGAUUCUAUUUGGGGUUCAGAAAGUAGCCUCCCAGUGUUCCUAAUGCAGCCCUCCCAGAGAGCAUCUGGAUUUCAGUGUGAUUGACAGCCACAAGUGAGCACCUCCUUGCGUAGCUGCUGUUAGGAUUGGCUGCUGCUGUCGUGUUUCCUGGACUCCUCCAGCUGAAGGCACAACAAGUCCCUGCCAGGGUUUUGGAAAUACUUCUGUUACCUCGCUGCUACUUUUCGCCAGGGAUAAAGCUUUGGAGGUGGCCAGACUCAGAACAGUCCAUGAGGAUUCCUGUUACAGUGCUGCCAUGGACAGCCACUGCUUGUUUCUCCUGGUCUUACGUGCUUUCUUCUUUAGUAAAAUUCUUUUAUGUUAAGAAAUCAAGUGACACUGAAGUCCAAAGAGAAGUGAUCGGAGCUGUUUAAGGGAUGUUUUCCUACUUGAACUCUGAUGUCAGUAGAUUCUGUAGAUGAGAGCUGUAAUAGUCCGGUGUGAUGUUUUGGUAGUUCACUUAGGGAUGGGAGCUAGUGUAGGACCUGAUUCCCUGUGCAGAUCUCUCUUCCAGAAGUCUGUAUCUUCAUGUGUGAGCAAGAAAUGUGGGUGUAGCAACCUUGCUUUUAAGUUUGCCACACCCUUUUCUUCAUGUUUGUUUUAAGCUCAGGUAAAGAUAAUCCUCUGCUCCUCCUCCUCCUGUGACUCUAGUUUCCAUUCAGGGUAUAAUAUCACUCAAUAAUCGAUUCCCCGCUCGGCAAUAAAUGGACGUUUGCAGAUGGUAGCGUGGGAGAGGAUGUCUGAUAAAGAUGGGUGAGCUCUGCCCUACAAGGGUUCUCAUGGCUCAGCAGGAGUAAGGAGAGCUGACCUCCCAGAAAUUCCAGGUUGACGUUUCAAGGGGAAAAUGAGCCCUUGUUCCAGUUGGAGUGAACAAAGAAGGCUGUAAAUUGAUGUGCAACUUAGAACAUUCCAGAGGUUAAAGAUAACUGAUGUAGAUAUACUUGCUCAGUGUGUUCUUUGGAUAAAACUUUCACCUUUGACAUAGGUUUGAUGUCAGAAAAAUGUACAAUAUGUGUGUGUUGGGGAUGGGCUUCCUGAUUGUUCAGUUAGCUCUUGGAGAAGUGAAGAACUACACUGAAAGUGGUUAGUGAUCUGGGAGACUAUGGUCUUCCAGGGAAGGAGGGCUGCGGCCCGUGAAGGCACGAACCCCGCAGUGGAAUGUGAUGUACGCAUACCUUGCCAGGCACCGGUUCCUUCUCAAAUAUGCCUACCCCAAAAGGGAGUAUGAUGAGACCCUUGAAGCUUUUCCCCAAUAUGGGUGUAAGUUCUUGGUCACUAAGUUCCCCAGCUGCUUGUGUUGCAAGUCAUCUUGAAGAAAGCAAUGCUGGAAGAACAUAUUUAGUCCCUAAUAAUCUUUAGUAUCUGCUUGACAGUUUGGCCAGCAAAUGCUCAUUAGCCUUUGAGGGGAAGGCGGGAUCACUUGGUCUGUGACUUAAACAGGUUGCUACCUGGGCUGGGGGAUGGGGGGGCAUCCCUCCUGUUCCCCUUUUCAUUAGUGGGGGUGGGGUUUUCCUUUGACUGCUAGCCCUGAGAACUGUGAGGAGGCCUUCUUAACCCUUUGCUUGUUUAGCCAGCUCGUCCUUUUUUCCAGAGCUCCCGGCCUAGUCUUCCUCCUGCCCUUGCACCCUUUGAGAGGCAGGAUUCUGUGGUGAGUUGACCGCCUCCCUUCUCUGGCUGUGACACACACGUGCACUACACAUACACAUGCACGAGCAUUUUCCUCCAGCCCCAGCUCCUCUACUGCAGGGCAGCCCAUUCCCUUCUGGACUCACUUAGAAGCGAAAAGUCCCUACACCUUUGCCAGGAGUGUCAGUCACCCACAGAUUGUACAUGGGAGGCCUUUGUGAAUGGUUCCUUCUGCCUAGGCUGGGCGCAUUGGCCAGCGUCCGCAGACAGUUCUAGAGAGAGGCACUGCCUUCAAGAGCUGACGUUGCACCUCCGCUUCUUGUGCUGGGUGGAACUCAAUAACGCGUCCCGUGGUGCGUGGGGAACACGUGUGAGACGUGAUUGGACGCUUCUGCUGCCCUCGAGUCUCCAUUCAGCAUUUUCAGACCAUUCAGGGGAUAGCUUGCUAACGGGAAUGGAUGAAAGGCUCCCUGGAGGCAGGUGGUCUGCUGAGCUGGAGACUGGAGGUGACCCCGCCACACAGUGUGGGAUCGAGCUGGCUUCCUCAGUAGCUAAAGAAGCUGUGGACUGUGGACUGUUGGUCUCAGAAUGUCAGCUCACGCUCUUCAGACUUCUUUCUUUAGUGGCAAGGGAAGAGGUGUAAUUUGGGAUUCCACAGUGCCUUGCAUAUAGUAGGCGCCCAAUAAAUACUUGUUGAAACAAAACCAAGUUUCCCAAGUCCUCUUGCAGUGACCAAGACAUCUUUCUCCUCUGAAGGGCUUGGCAGUUGUGGCUAAAAAUAAGCAGUAUCAUGAUUUGCUUGAAAUUCUAUAUACAGUUUGUAUGAAUUUCAGUGUGUUGCCAAGACAUGAUCUUUUCCUAUUGUAUUUUCUGUAAAUAUUUCUGGCACUGAACUGUAAAGGCAAACUGUAAAUACGACGGCGCCCCACGCCCCCUCGCCUCCUGUGUUUGAUCUUCGUCAGUUAGGGAAGAGGGUCCAGAGGUGUGUUUGUAUUUAUGCCCAUCCUUGGUCCAGAAAAAAACCCAUGGAAUAUUGAAUGUAACACAUUUAGUCAAUUAAAUUUUAAGGAGAUUCUUA